AUGUUUAUCAUAACUAUUGCUCGCGUUUGUGGUUUAUCGGAUGGUGUUAGUGCUGUACCACAACAAAUUGCACUCUUUCUUACUUAUUUCGUUCCAUUACUGUUGCCUUUGGUGUGUUUUUCCACUUUACCCGAAUUAAAACGAGAAAUUAAGACAAUUCUUGGAUUCUGCCAUGCACAUCGUGCAAUUGUUGGGCCUGAUAUUUGA